GGCCCCAAGCACUGAGGAGAAGUCGUCAGUGAGGCAAGAGGGACAAGCAGACCACUCUAACUCACCUUUGGACUUUCUCCCAAGAAUGAAAAUGCUUCUGUUGGGUAUCUGGAUGCUGCUGGCCUUGAUCCCUUAUCCAGGGACCACAGAAGAGCUGUUUCAGGUGUCUGUUCAUCCAGAUCAGGCCCUGGUAGAGUUUGGACACUCCCUGACCGUCAACUGCAGUACCACCUGCCCAGACCCUGGGCCCAGUGGAAUCGAGACAUUCUUCAAGAAAACGCAGCUAAGCAAAGGGUCCCAGUGGAAGGAGUUUCUCCUGGAGGACAUCACUGAGAACUCUGUGCUGCAAUGCUUCUUCUCUUGUGCAGGGGUGCAGAAGGACACAGCGCUUGACAUCAUCAUGUACCAGCCACCAGAGCAGGUGAUCGUGGACCUGCAGCCUGAGUGGGUGGCCGUGGAUGAAGCCUUCACAGUGAAGUGUCACGUGCCUAGUGUGGCACCCCUGCAGAGCCUUACCCUCAUCCUCCUCCAGGGUGACCAAGAACUGCACAGAAAAGACUUCCUGAGUUUAUCUUUGAUAUCCCAAAGAGCUGAGGUCACUGUCAGUGUCACAGCCCACCGGGAGAAUGACAGGCACAAUUUCUCCUGCCGAGCAGAACUGGAUCUGAGCCCACAAGGUGGGGGGCUGUUUCAUGGUAGCUCAGCCACCAAGCAACUCCGGAUCUUUGAAUUCUCUCAGCAUCCCCAGAUCGGGGUGCGUUCACUGCUGGAAGUUGGGAUGGCUGAGACUGUGAGCUGUGAGGUAACAAGGGUGUUUCCAGCUCAGGAAGCUGUCUUCCGAAUGUUCCUGGAAGACCAGGAGCUGAGCCCUUUCUCCUCCUGGAAGGAAGAUGUAGCGUGGGCCAGUGCCAACAUUUGGGCCAUGGAGACGGGUAACCAGGAGCUGACCUGCCUUGUGUCUCUGGGUCCCGUGGAGCAGAAAGCAAGGAAACCAGUGUAUGUCUACAGUUUCCCUCCACCCAUCCUGGAGAUAGAAGAUGCUUAUCCUCUGGCAGGGACAGACGUUAAUGUGACCUGCUUAGGUCAUGAGUUAACAUCACCUAGCCCUACUCUUCGACUCCAGGGAUUCCUACACCUCUCUGCUCCCGGGGAGCCUAUCUGGCUUCUGUUUACUGCCAGGGAGGAAGAUGAUGGCCGGACUCUCUCCUGUGAGGCCUCUUUGGAGGUACAGGGCCAGCGAUUGGUCAAAACCACUGAGAUCCAGCUUCAUGUCUUAUGUGAGUAGAGGCCCUGUCCCCCUGGACAAAGUCGAGAUACUUAGUUUCCUUUCCAGAGUUGCUGACUAGCAGCUUUGUUAGUAGAGGGGCCACACUUUUCUAGUUGGGAAAACCCAG